GCGCCUUGAGCUUCUUCCUCCAGCCCCAUUGCUCCCCGACGCGACACCCUAACCUACCCCGCGCCCGCUCUCUCUCUCUCGCCUUGCUCGCUUCCGCGGCUACCUGCUCGCGCGCGGCCGCCGUGAUGGCCUUGCCGGCGACUAGGGAGGUGCUUAUGCUGGAGGCACCACCGUCCGAGGCUGCGGGUGUGCCUUGGCGCCCGCCUCCGGACGCUGAGACGGUGGACGCGCUGCCCUACAUCGACGGGGACUACGGCGACCCGGCGGUGAAGCGCGAGGUUGACCGCCUCGUCGAGGAGGAGAUGCGCCGCGCUCACCGCAAGCCCGCCGACUUCCUCCGCGACCUGCCCCCCUAUCCCAUCAUUGGAUUUGAGAAUCAUCCUAUGCUUGCAAAAGAGUACGAACGUGUUAGAGCUGGCAAGCCACCUGCUACCAUAGAGAUGUCCCGCUAUGGUUUGGAGCCACCCCCAGCGAACAAGAGGAAUGAUGUUGUUGCUUGGAAGCAGGCUUUACGGAAUGCCCAGAGCCAGCUGCAGCAUCAAAUUGUACGGAUUGAGAAUCUGGAGCUUAUGCUGAAGCACGGUGUUGAGGUUUGGAAGCUCCAGAACAGAAAAAUGGAAUCAGUUUUGUCUAGGACGCAAAAAAUGACACUGGAGUACAAUGAAAAGAUAGAAACUGUCAACCGUGAGAGGAAAUUUCAUCAGCAAAACACCGGUGGACAACUCCACGCCUUGACAGUAGAAUGGCAGGAACUGUGUCAGAAAAACAUAGCUAUUCAAGCUGCGUGUGUUGAUCUGCAGAAUCAAAUUGAUCAGCUUAAACUGGAAGCUAAAGAACAGGGAAUGCCAAUGGCUGGUAGCAAUGAAACUAACCCACAAGCAUCAGUAGGGAUUUGAGAUGCAGAUGUAGGAAGGCAGAAGCUGUGACUCCAUGAGAUGUCAGCUAGAGGUUCCAGUAGCCACUAUGCUUACUUGACCCACACCUGUCUGUUCCGUUGGCAACUGCCAUUGUGGAAUGUGUGUUAUGCAACGUGAUGGCAUGUGCUGGUGGACACCUGGUAGAGGAACAGCUUAAACGCAUGUAUUGUUCGGUGACAAGAGAAAGAGAACCAGAAUGUCCAUCUCUUUUGUUGAUCGCAAAUGGGUGUCAACUUUUCAGGGUGUAAAUUUGUACUGUAACAUGGUAGUGUCAGCUGAAUAUUUUGUCUAUUUAGUUCUGCUUGUUUCCGAAAAUGUCAUGAACCUGCUGCAUCUUGUUUCAGAUAGCCUAUUGACUAUGUCGCCUGCAAAUGUAAUGUGGAGUUUUUCUAAGGCUUA